AUGGCGGACAACGACAGCCCCGUGACGCUUCGCACCCGCAAGUUCAUCCGCAACCCUCUGCUGGGCCGUAAGCAGAUGGUCGUACCGCGGCGCGAACCAGGAGAAGAAUUUUUCGGUACUCGAGAUACGACGGCAACGGCCAUGCGAUAUGUCGGAAACGAUGAAGGCGAGAAGCCCGGACUUGGCAUUGUCUUUGCGGCUGCAUACGUGUUGAUUGAUAUCCUCCACCCCGGCCGUGCUGGUAUCUCCAAGGAUGAGCUGUCCGAGAAGCUCGGCGGCAUGUACAAGGCCCAGAAGGAGCAGAUCUCCGUCUUUGGCCUCCGCAGCCAAUACGGUGGUGGCAAGACCACCGGCUUCGCCCUGGUCUACGACUCCCCCGAGGCCAUGCAGAAGUUCGAGCCCCGCUACCGCCUGAUCCGUGUCGGCAAGGCCACCAAGCCUGAGCGUGCCUCCAAGCAGCAGCGCAAGCAGCGCAAGAACCGUCUAAAGAAGCUCCGUGGUACGGCGAAGGUCAAGGGUGUCAAGGCCAAGAAGGACAAGAAAUAA